UUUUUAGAUCACUCGCACGUAGUGCACAAACAUUUUACUACCACUUAAAGAUAAAACAGACUAACACGUUUACAUUUCACCUGGACCAGUUUAUUGAAUGAUGGGUGCAAUUAGUCGGAUAAGUUUAAGGAUCUUUUGUAUCGUGCUGAUUAUCAAGGGAUAUGAGACUACGAAAACUGAGUUCCAAACCAGAGCGGAAAAUACAAUACAGGUCGUUGAAAAAAAUCUUCAUGUAGAGCAAUGCAUCCAAAGCGCAAAAGAAAAAGCUAAUAGUGUAAAUGAGAAAUAUGGCGACCGACACUUUGCAGCUCUUUGGAUCAGCAUGUAUUCCCGGAUCUGCAAUAUAGAUGAAAACCUUCUUAAGCAAGACAAGACCCAAAAUGCGUUCCCAUUCCGACUGAACAAAGAAAUAAGGUGCCUCAAAAACACCAAAAGAGACCCAAUCAUCAGAGAAACAUUUGUUAAAGUACGAAACAUCAUUAAUGAGGCUCUUGAUGUUUUUCCCAAGGAAAGGCAUAUACAGUUGUACAGAGGGAUGACUGCAUGGAACUUCCAUAAUAAAAAAUAUUUUGUAGAGGAAGGUUUCUUUAGUACGUCUUCUGAUGCAACUCCAGCUUUUAGAUUUGCAAAUGGUAAAUAUUUUCUAAUCGUUCAAGACAUGGACGGCUUUAAGAUAGACAAUUAUGUGGAUGAAAGAUUUAAGUAUCAAAAAGAAGUUCUUGGGAAAACUGGGAAAAUGUUUGAAAUAAACCGCAAGGUGACUGACGACGCUCAAAUCAAAGCAAUACUGUCAGAACUUUCAAUCAAUUUUGACAGGGUUUCUGGUGUUGACUACCCAGACACGAUUAUUUACAUCCGUGAAGUGUCAGUACCAAGUCAGCUUCAGGCUGUCAUUAACCAGCAAUGGUCAUCCAUGGAAAGAUAUUGCUCCGUAGAUGAUGUGUCAAGGGCAAGUUCAGCUGUUAAACGAGCGAUAAUCAUACAAUUAUUUCUUGUUAUGUUGAGUAUUUUCUGUAACCUUCGUUAAAUACCCUUAUGCAAAUAAUCUUUGAACCCGUGUGUGUGCGUGUUGGUGUGUGCGUGCGUGUGCCUGUGCCUGUGUACGUACGUACGAUUUUCAAUGUAAGGAUUGGAGUUAUUUUGAGAAUACCUACCUGAAAAGAAUGUUGUCGACAGCUUUACACUUUGAUGAUAAUAUUCCCAGCUGUGGAAGUUAUGAAAAGAAUAGAAGAAUAGUGCCGCUAUUCUAAGUACCCGGAUGCCAGCAUUAGAGUUGAUUUCGGCGUCGGCAUAAGGGUUGGAGUAACACUUCGGUGCAACUUCUUGUAUAACAUCAUAUCUCAUUGUCUUUCAAACAUUUUCAUUUGCAUUUGUUAUAAAUGUACGUAAAAUAUGCCUGAUGAAUAUGCUCUGUAUUUUAACAUUUGUGCCGUAACAGUCUUCCAAACAGUAAUAUUUCAAUGUUCCCUUCCAUGUUACAUGUACUUCUAAUACAGAUGUGUGAUUUGUUCCAUACCUUGAUAUUACUUCUUAUACACUUGCGUGAUUUGUUUACAUACCUUGUUAUUACUUUUACUUGCGUAAUUUGUUCCUUAGCUUGUUAUUACUUCUAAAACACUUGCGUGAUUUGUUCCCUACCUUGUUAUUACUUUUAAUACACUUGCGUGAUUUGUUCCCUACCUUGUUAUUACUUUUAAUACACUUGCGUGAUUUGUUCCCUACCUUGUUAUUACUUUUAAUACACUUGCGUGAUUUGUUCCCUACCU